AUGUCGGGCAUUACCGACUUCCUCGGCCGUGCCAUCAGCACGGUCAAGCAGGCCAUCGACGCCGACAACGCCGCCGAGUACGAGAAGGCCUUCCAGCUCUACACAAAGUCCCUCGAGCUCUUCGUCCUCGCCGUCAAGUGGGAGAAGAACCCCAAGUCGAAGGAGCUCAUCCGCCAAAAGACGGCCGAGUACAUGGACCGCGCCGAGAAGCUCAAGACGUACCUGGCCGAGGCCGAGCAGAAGAAGAGCGGGGGAGGCGGCGGCGGGAAGCCUGGUGCCAUGGGCGUUAACGGCGGCGGCAAGGGCAAGGCGAACGCCGACGAGGGCGACGAGGACAACAAGAAGCUGCGCAACGCCCUCAGUGGCGCCAUCCUCCAGGAGCGCCCCAACGUGCGGUGGGACGACGUCGCCGGUCUCGAGGGCGCCAAGGAUACGCUCAAGGAGGCUGUUGUGCUGCCCAUCAAGUUCCCCUCGCUGUUUCAGGGCAAGCGCCAGGCGUGGAAGGGUAUCCUGCUGUACGGCCCGCCGGGAACGGGAAAGAGUUACUUGGCCAAGGCGGUCGCGACGGAGGCGAACAGUACCUUCUUCAGCGUGAGCAGUUCGGACCUGGUGAGCAAGUGGAUGGGAGAGAGUGAAAGGCUCGUGAAGGCUCUGUUUAGCAUGGCGAGAGAAAACAAGCCCUCGGUCCUCUUCAUCGACGAGAUCGACGCCCUGUGCGGGCCCCGUGGCGAGGGCGAGUCCGAGGCGUCGAGGCGUAUCAAGACGGAGCUGCUGGUGCAGAUGGACGGUGUCGGAAACGACAGCAAGGGCAUCCUGGUGCUGGGCGCGACCAACAUCCCCUGGCAGCUCGACGCCGCGAUCCGAAGACGUUUCCAGCGCCGCGUGCACAUCGGCCUGCCUGACGCCAAUGGCCGCGCGAGGAUGUUCAAGCUCGCCAUCGGCGACACGGAGACGAACCUGCAGGCGGACGACUACCGCGUACUCGCGGAGAUGUCGGAUGGUUUCUCAGGCAGUGAUAUCUCCAACGUGGUGCAGCAGGCGUUGAUGGGUCCCGUGAGGAAGAUUAUCCAGGCGACGCAUUUCAAGCCGGUCAUGGUCGACGGCGUCAGGAAACUCACGCCUUGCUCCCCCGGCGACCCCGAGGCCAAGGAGAUGACGUACCACGACGUCGACUCGGAGGAGCUCAUGGCGCCCAUCAUCGAGCUCAAGGACUUCAAGCAGGCUCUCAAGGAGUCGCAUCCCACUGUCUCCGACGACGACGCGGCCAAGCAAAUAGAGUGGACCAACGAGUUUGGCAGCGAGGGCGCAUGA